AUGCAGCAAGAUAUUCUCCUGUGCUUGGGCACAGCUAAGGAAAAUCUUCAUGUUUUGAAAGCAAAACGAAAAAUUACAAGUCGACGAGGAAGAUUUCGUUCAUGCUGGCAGAAGCCCGGUAGGACAGAGCGAUGGUGGAGUAAUCUCUGGCUCGGUGAACUUGAUCUCCAGGAGUGGAACUUGAAUCUUCGCAUGAGCAAAGACGAUUUCAUGAAAUUGGUUCAAGAACUCGAACCUUUUAUUAAACCAAAUUUUGCAACUCCUAAUUGGACAGCAGUUUCAGUCGAAAAAAAAGUAGCAUUAACUCUAUAUUUUCUUAAAGAUACUGGCUCUAUUCGAAUGACUGCAAACUCCUUUGGAGUUGCUACACCAACUGUCUCCAAAACUGUCAACGAAGUCUGUCGAGCAAUCAGCAAAUAUCUUGGUCCCAAGUACAUCAAGUUACCACAAUCUUCUGAAGAAAUGAGAGAAUUGAUCAUAAGGUUUGAAUCAAAGCAUGGUUUCCCUCAAGCCUUUGGAUGCAUAGACGGCACCCACAUUGCUAUCCAACAACCAUUAGAGAACUCUCACGAUUAUUUUUCUUACAAGAUGAAAUAUACCUUGAACAUCCAAGCGGUUUGUGACUAUAGAGGGUUAUUCCUUGACGUUGACUGCCGAUGGCCAGGGAGUGUGCACGAUGCUAAAGUUUUUAGUAACUCUAAAAUAAACAAAAUGCUGAGAGAAAACAAGUUGCCUAGUGUUUAUCGGAAUUUAGUUCCAGGCCACGACAAGGUAUCAUCUCUGCUUCUUGCGGACCCAGCUUAUCCAUUACUGCCAUAUUGCAUGACUGAGUUUGAAUGUUGCAAGAGUAAUGACGAAGUCAUUUUUAACAAUCUGUUGAGAUCCUCAAGGAAUCAGAUUGAGUGUGCCUUUGGACGAUUGAAAGCUAGAUGGCAAAAACCUAACACUCUACUAAACCUGAAGAAUGAAAAUGUUCCUUAUAUGAUAUAUGCAUGUUUUGUUUUACAUAACUUUUGUCAAUUACACGGAAUUCACGACGAUGAUGGUGUUUUGAAGCAAAUUAAAUAUGAUAGGGAAGUACAACCAGAUAUUCAGCAAGACUUGAUUUUCUCUUGUAAUACUGCUGAAGGAAUAUCUACCAGAAAGACAAUAGUUGCUUUUCUAAAGGAACACACUGAACUCUAA